AUGGGCAGCAGUCCGCACAGUCCCCGCCGACGACACAAACUUCUAAGGCUCCUUAAAAUGUGGCGUUCCACCCACAGAGUCCACGACCAUGUUGGUCUCGAGGAGGCACAUAUUCACGGGAGAUCCAAGAUGUUCGCUCCGAAACCGUGAAGUAUGAAUGCAGCAGUGCGACCGGUUGAAGGGUGACGGCUUAACAACAGAGGUUUUUCUUUUUCUUUUUUGUUUUCCUUGGUGCCAUGAUCUGGCUUGAUUCUUUCUGCCUGUUACGAGAUUGCUGUAUGGUCGGGUGUAUAACGCUUUGAGUCGUACGAUGACACGAUGUGGACGCAGAUAUGGUGUUUUUUCUUUCUUCCUGUCGUUAUCGCCCAUUCUUCUUACAUUCUGAGAGUUACGCCGGGUAACCAAGUGUAGACAGCAAUUUCCUUUCCC